UGAAUGUAAUUCCUAAUUCGCAAUGAUUUGAUUUAAUAGAUUAAUUUACCAAACACAGCUCUAUUUUUUACCGUAUUCUUUUUCUAUUUGGAGCAAAAUCCUAUUCCAUAAUUUAUAUCUGUAUAUUUUGCUGAUUCCUAUCAACCUAUGUUUAUUGCCGUUUGAUUUGUGACCAAAUUACCGCCUCAAGAUUUCCAGAUGAAAAAAGAAAUUUAAAAUUGACCAGCGGUUGAUUUUAUUUUUUUUUCUGGAUUAUUUUGAGGCGUGCUCGAAACUGAAACUGAUCAAAUCGAAAUACCUGGUUUGGAUUAUCCGUCUUAUUUUGUUAUUGCCUCAAAUCAGGUUAUAAAUAAAAAUAAACAAGCAUAAAGCUCUUAGUUUAUGGAUGCUUGGAUGCCACGAUUGUUGACCUUUUUAAUUGUUCUGUUCCACUGAGCUUCAUUGCACAUCUAAUGUUUUUUCAUAUUUGAUUGUUCUUUAGAUAUUUUACCGACGUGAAGUCUUUUUGACGUUAAACUACUGCCUUAAAAUGACAAACAUAUCUUUUAAUUUGCCAAUUUAUUCUAUCAGUUUAUGUAUAUUGUGAAAACAGCGAAAAGUUAUCAACUUAAUUGUUACUUCGAAUAGAAAUUUUACUUAGUAUUCGAAAGAAGUAUUUACUUCCUGAAUUGUACCACCCAAAUUCUCAUUAUUUGAUCAUUUAAUCAUUGCCAUCUCGCUUGGAAUAUCCUUUGUUUCCCUAGAUACAAAUUAUUCCUAGUUAUUCUGUUGUUGACUCGGCGUUCCAUUGAGUCUUCUAUCCACCCGUCUAUUUCAAAGUGUUCGCUAAACCGACAAGACGUUAAUAUUUUUGUUUCGAAACGAUAACCAACAUCUUCAUAAGAGUUGACCCGUAGAGCUGCCAUCAUGUCAACAGAAGGGUUAAAAUUGUUACACUACUUAACAGACAUGACCUGAAUGCAAAGCUGAAGUUGUGACCUGACCUGAAAUUUAUAAUUCAUGCCAAUUGCCAGUUAGAACACCAACUGCAAGUUGAACAGCUGCUAUUCUUCGGACAUUAGUAGUCGAUUAGCUAAAUCGGGAUUUGCGAGCUGUAAAAUUUGGCCCGGAUUGGUCAAUCCGAAUUCUACUGUGAUUGGUCAAUUCCAUUUGUGAAGAAUUGUCAGAUUGGUUGAUUUUGUACUGCUCCCUGAUUGGUCAACAGCAGUUGUUCAUAUCUUUGCUGCAGUAGGAGUAGAAGAAAAGAAGAAUAGAAGAGAAGGAGAAUGAAGGUGUCAGUGGCAUUUGGGGAGAAGAGAGUGGUCGUUCCCUGUAGAGAUGGAUCCCUCACUGUGAAGCAGUUGAUAGAUGAAGCCACUAGGAGAUACAAGAAGGCACACUCCAUCAAGAUGGAAGCCUCAGCCGGUUCUCUGCACUCAGUGGAUGCAUUUAACUCCUCCCUCUCCCCUCCCCCUGAGCUGACAGUAGUGUACAUAUUAGAGAGCAGAGAUGGAGCCAUAUUCGACAUGGACGACAGAGUGUGCGAUGUGGCAGAUGACAAAGAGACGCUGAUUGCUGUCUACCAUGAAAUAAUAGACCCCCUAUCGCAGUUGGGAAGUGCAAGUGGGGGCAACGAUGGAGGAGGGGGAGGGGGAGGGGACUGUGCCAGUUCAGGCGAUGGGGGCAACAGUAGCGAACACUUCACCACCCCACACGAACACAUGGAGAGAGAAGACAGCGGGACUGGACAUUACUAUUCUGAAGCACAGCCGCACGUCUAUUCUGAAGUGUUUCGUGCGAAAAGUGAGGAAAUUCUGAACAGAAACUCGGCAGUGCCAUUUCUAGACGACAUCGAAAACCAACUGGGUGCAAACAGAAACUACAACAGCAGAAACAACUACAACUACAGUCACAAUAACACAUCAAACCCUUCUAAGUCGCCUCAUUUGAGUAGGAGAGAAAAAACGAGUGUGGCUCCAUCGCGCAAUAUGGGCUCUUCGUCGCCAGAUUUAUCAAUUACAGAAAAUGAAGACAAUACACAAACUACGAAUGUAGAAAUGAAUGAAAAGGACGAGAAAUUAGAAAGACUCAGUGAAUCCCAUUCAGAGGAUAACUUUGACGACUCAAGAGACUCGAGACACAGUUCCCAGCUGGGCACAAGAGGCAUCAAAAAUUCGAGGUCGCACACAGAUGGGGACUUGAAACUACUCAGUAAUACAACAACAAAUGACACAUAUCAGUAUCAGAAGACGAAAGAGAAAGAGGCGGAAGAUAAUAGAUCGAAAAAAGCAGCAUUAGCCCAACCGCAGAGAUUCCGACGAGGCACUUUUGGAAUAGAUGCUUCUCCUAGACAAACUGCCAACACCAACUCAGAAAUGAUAGACAGAUGGAUGACGAAACACAUUAUCAGAGACCAGUUGGAACAGAAAGCGCCCUCAACACCACACUCGCCCCCUUUUGUGUCCUCGCAGCUGAAUAGCAGUUACUACGCGGAGGAGAACAAAAUACACGAAAAUAUCGCCAGUAACAACCAGUUUAAUCAUAACAGUACUAUGGAAAGUUACAAAAGCAAUCACUCUUCUUUCCAGAAUAACAGUACUGGAACUAAUUUCAAUAGUUCCAGAAAUGUGACUUCUGAAAAUGGAAGAAAUGCAAGAAUGAACUAUGAAAACAACGGAAGUAUGGAAAGAACGGUUCUUGAAGAUCUUGAAGAAAGGCUGAAAGUUGACAAUAAUGAAAGCGGCGGUGAGGUAUCAAUACUAACACGUGAGCAGAAGAAUAAACAGAAAAUGUUCACAGCGCCAGCUACAGCAAUCAAUACAGGAGGUGUGGCUAAUCUCUCUAGUCAAGGGAGUGGGAGUAAUAUUGGCCAGAGGGUGAUUAGGAUAGACAAUCAUGACGAGAACACUCCUCUGGGCAUCCAAGUGGUCGCACAGUACGAGAAGAAACGACAGCCUGUGCUUAACAAGAAUGGAGAGGUGGUUUCUUCGCAGCGUGAACUGAGGGAGCAGAGUGUGGGGGUGGGUCUGAUGGUGAGACAGGUGAAUGAGGGGGGCAGAGCACACUCGCAGAAACUACUCAGACCACAGGAUGUCAUCACAGAGAUCAACGGACGAUCUCUCUAUGGACUCACUUUCGACCAGUCUCAAAGUGUGUUCAAAUCAGCACUGCAGGCACCUUCCUUAACACUGAGAAUCGUGACUAAUCACACUGUGGGGAUGAGUGGUGACGUCAUAGGUGGAAAUGGAGGAGACCUGUCCAGUGCAUCUAUUUCGAUCACGCCUGCGAGUAGUACUGCCACAGAUCCGCCAGUGACUGGCGAUGGAACGAGGCUGCAACCACCAGCACAGAACAGAUUCUUCUUUCCAUCACCCGACCGCAACCAGCAAAACAACAACAACAACAACAGCCAAAACCAAACUACAACAUCAGCAACAUUGAACAACAAUCAGCUGACAUCCUCAACCCUCCCACGUGCAGCCCAGACUAGAAGGCAGAUGCAAAUAGAAGCGCAGCAGGCCACGCCCAUUGGCCACUCUACCCCUCCCCCUGUGGACCAGCAGCAGCAGAAUAGGACAUUCCACUUCGACAGUCCACUGUCUCUGAUGAGCAGAGCCAACACGAAGAAGAUAGGACGCAAGAUUAAAGUGCAAUUGACUAAAGGUGCAGAUGGCCUUGGCUUCAGUUUGACAGCGAGAGACAAUUCGGGUCCGUCCAAUGCCAAUUCGCCCGUGUAUGUGAAGAAGAUACUGCCCAAAGGAGCCGCCAUUCAGGAUGGUCGUCUGGUGGAGGGAGAUCGGAUGCUGGAGGUGAAUGGCACAGUGCUCACUGGCAUGAGUCAGAGUGAAGUGGUCUCCUUCCUCAGAAGCAUCCCUCAGGGACACACUGCACACAUUCUAGUGUCCAGACAGGAGAUAGAAGACAUGCCCAGACAAAUGGAUUGCAACAGCGAAAGCUCUUUCAUACUCACAAGGGCCUUCCACGCUUUGCUUGACUCCCUUCCAAACUGGGAAAGCUCAGAGAGUAACAGUAGUUGUUGCGAAGACAAGUCUGAAUCGGAGUCUCAUCGGGAUUCGAACCUGCUACCUCAGCACCACUUCACCGACUCAGCUGUGACAGACGACCCAACAAUAAGCAGAACAAGGCUCAGCUUCAUAAUAGCACUGAACGACACAGGAAGUGCUGGCUUGGGAAUAAGUGUGAAGGGGAGGGCGCAGAAGGAUCUGACCAGCGGGGUGUCCAGUGACACUGGCGUGUUUGUCAAGAAUGUCAUCAAUGGGGGAGCGGCGUGGAAGGAUGGGCGACUGAAGGUGCAUGACCAGCUGUUAAGUGUGAAUGGACAGUCGUUGGAAUGUAUGGACAACAGGGAGGCCAUAGAUGUGCUAAAGAAUGCACUCCUACAACAUGGCAAGAGUGGACAAGCAAGCUUGCGCAUCACAGUGAUGAGACUGGAGAGUACAUCAGAUGAAAUGGAUAGACCGAAUUCACUUUGGGCCGAAAACAACCAGCAAGAUCCGAACUUGAGUCUAAGUGACCACACAAACACUCCUCGUACCGGAGACGAAGCUGAAGUCAUGAAUGAAGUGACAGGAAGAGGCGGAGGAGGGUUCUCGAGGGACUCUGCCCACAGACGGAGUCUAAGUGAGAAGAGGACGGGGGGAGGGGGGAAGACGAGGGAUGCGAAUGAACUGGCAUUCUACAGGGAGAGAAUCAAACCACUCAAGGAUGCUGCCCUCGGAUCCCUGGCAGUUCCUAAGAGCAGACUGUCUCGCUCUAACUCGUACGACAUCCUAACAUCCACAAAUCCUCUCUUUUUACCCAAUGAAGAGAGCAAUUAUAACAACAUAACUAGUGGCACUAGCAUGACCAUGAAUAGAAAAAGGUCCACUAAUCCGAAGUGGCCUGGUAGUACUAACGAGAGAGAUCAUACUGCUUAUAACUCCUCUUCGAAGGGUGCUGGGAAAGAUAGUAAAGGUGCAGAGAGUGAUGCUAAAUGGAGGCAGGAGUUCUACAGGAAUCACAAUCGCAUCAGAUACUACACAGCCUACAAGGCAUCAACCAAGAACCACCCAGCGCCUGGCCAGCUAUCCAAAAUGAAAUCGGCCUCUUUAGAAAGCAUUGGGGGAUUAGUACAGCAGAAUCACUACCAACAUGACAACUACUACAGAAACCCAACUAAACUAAACACAAUGGGUAAUGGAUCUUCAGUUGUCAGUACUGGGAAUCCUCGAUUACAGCAACAUAACCAACAUCAACAAGAGCCUCAGAAUAUGCAACAACAGUAUUACGCCAAUGCUAAUGAAGUGCACAACAGCAAUAGUCAACAACAACAACAACAACAACUGAUGAGACGACCUAGCAGUGGGUCCUCAGAUUACUACAACGGAAUGAUGGUGUCCAAUAUCCCCCCUCCUGUUCCGAUGCGCAGACUGAACCCACCGGCGGGGUCAAUAGGCAGUGGGGGUGAGUUGACGGUGACGGGUGUUCAAGGACAGACACAACAACAGAUGGGAUUUGUAGGGGCUUUGAAUAGAACAGCCGGAGAUGGCGCUGAUAUAUUAAAUACUGACCUGGCGAGGACAUUCGGGGAUCCAACAAUGACCUCGAAGGAGCAGAACAAGAUGAAGAACAGCAAAAGUGCAACUGGCAUCUUCCGAAACCUAUUCAGCUCCUCUCCCCCGCCCUACAAGGAGCACAGAAGUGUCUCUAGAGACGAAGUGCUAGCCUUGACUAUGUCACCUCAAGUAUCUCAUGGUCAAGGUCAUAAUAGAGACCAUGACAGGGGUCAUAGGUACAGGUCACCCAAUAGACCCUCGAGACCACCGCCUGUUGCCGCCCCACGAAACCACAAGAAACAGGACAAGGAUAAAUCUUCUCUUCUAAGCAGUGCAGCCAACGCCAAUGGAAACCGAUCGACCAGUGCCCCCCUCCGCCCCCAAAGUGCAAUGCCCCCCAUCACAGCCCCCCACAGAUUCAGUACCCAAUCUAAUACCAGCAGCACCUCCCAGAACAGCCAGCAAGUGGGGAUGACCCAAAGCUAUGGGGUAAAUGGCGCGGCGGGAGUUCAGUAUCAGAACAAUAAUGGCCAGCUUCAGCAGCCACGGCAUCAGUUUUAUGCCCAUCAUAACUUGAGUUCAGCUGUGGCUAGCCAUGGAGACGCUAGUCAACACCUCAACACGAACAGUCUGAACAGGAGCCCAAAACAAUAUCAACAACAACCACCUCGUCAUCAGAAUAUACAACAGGUCAAUUUACGAAUGCCCUCAACUUCGCCUUCAGACGAACAAAAAAGACAUUCAAGCCAUGAAUUUGAAGAACACUACGGGAAUUUUAUGAAUAUGCGCGCAAAUAAUCAAAGAAAUGUUUUCACAACUGCAACCGGAAAUCAUGCAAAUAAUGAUCGCAAGCAGUUCCCUAAUUCUUCGGAGAUUUCGAAACAAAGGCUGAGUUUACACAGUGAACAAAUGAGUUUUUCAAGAUCUGCGUCAACACACGAAAGAGAUGAUAGUAAUGUGUCGUUUAAUUUUGACCCGAAUGCGCAGUUUAGAACGUCGUCACCACAACAGCAGAAUGGCGUUCAGACGUCCAGUGUGGGUGUGAGUUUUUCCAGAGACAACGCACUCUACGCCGGAAGUUAUGCAACACUUCCCAGUCAUCCCAGAAUAGAUUACAAAGGAAGCCCGAUUAAAAAAGCUCAAAUUACCCGAUCAACAAACAGAAAGCCCCUGCACAUUAUCAGACGUUCGGGUAGUCCAGUGACAUACGGAACCAAAGACGAUGUCAUAAAUUACGAAACUGAUCAUAGAAGAAUAAAUGUAGUCAAUUUGAAACACCAGCAGCAAAAUACUUCAAUGCUCAGCAAUGAGGAGAGGAUUUCAAAUGCAAGCAGUGAGCUAAACAGUGAGUCGCCUUCGAAAGAAGAUCCAUAUGGUGGCAAUUUCAACACUGCAGUUGAUAUGCGAUAUCCAAAUCAGGGAUGGAAAAACAGCCAAGCAAAUUUACCUGAAUCUAAUUCGAGGCCAAAUAACGUGAACAACGUAUGGAAUAGAAAUAUUUCAAGGCAAAACGGAAUUUGUGACAACUCGACAAGACAUAAUUCAAAUUUUGAUUCAGAUGUUGAUUCAAGUAAAAAUGGGAUAUUUUAUGGAACUCAGAGUUCGCCCGAUCCCAAAAAUGCGAGAAGAUCGAAUAAUUCAAUUGAAGGAAAUUAUCAAGCAUUUGUUGGAAGCAUCAAUCUGCAAAUGCACUCAGGCAAAUCAAAUGAUGUGGUGAUCUAAACAGCCCUUUGAUUUCACUUUCAAAAGUUGAUUUUGUGUGUUAAGUUAUUCUUGCGCAUGUUGAAAAUGCUUUAUAAUAUGAAGCUUCAUUAAAUGAAUCAAGCUAUUUGAUGCUUUGUUUCAAAAAAUAGAAAAGGCGCUAAAAUACGUUUAUCAACUUCAAACAUACCCAAUUAUGUGCCCGCAAUAAUCUUGAUUUGACCUCAUUUCUUUCAGGCGUUUUAAAAACGUAUUCAAGAUCCCUGAAAGCAAGAUUUUGUAUAAUUGAAUUGCCUUCCAAAAAAUAUCAUUCCCAGAACAAAUAUUUAUGCCGAUGAAAAACGCAGUAUGUGUGUUUCGUUAUCAUUUUGAGUUUUUAGUUACUAUUUAAUGAUUGAUACAUAGAUUAAUCAAAUUUGGAAGAUCUAUUUUUUCCUUCUAUUUUUAUAUUGUCAAAUAAUAGAAUGCAAACCUCUCUACUUUUCCUUUAUAUUUUAGUUUACCAAUUUUUAUCUGGCUCUGUGAACAUCAAUUGAAUAUAUUUUGUCGACGCUGAUGUUUGAUUUUAUGUAAUCUUGGAUUAUGACAACUAAUAAAUAGUUUUUGUUCCAAUAUGAACCAAUAUUGUCGUUCCCUAUAUAUUCUUGCAGAAUAAUUCAAAAUUUCUUCUCCAA